AUGGCUACAUCCAAGUCUUGUGGCAAGACUGCAAGUGUUGAUCUCCGGAUCCUCUUUGACAGCGUCGAAAAUGCCGGAAUCAUCAACAGUGUGAGGGCGUCACGACCGGGUAUUGUCUUCGAAGUCUGUGUUUCCGCUUGCGAAGCGAGCGAACCAACGCUUGACAGUCCUGAUGGUAGUGGUGUCCUCGCCCUCAAAAGUCCACUCUAUGACGUGAUAUAUACGUCAUAA